CACUCAGAUUUUUUAGUAUCUAUUAUUACUUGACAGCUUGUGCGCUUGCAUGGGAUUUUACCAAUCAAAGUUUUUGGUGCCAUUGCCGAAGAUUAGAUCUAAGGAGUCCUAGGUUAAUAUCAACUUUCAUCAUACUCUACUAUAAAUUGAUUUACUUUAGUGUACAUACCUUAGGCUAGAAUUCAAAUUUAUUUCAAUUCUAGGUGUACAUAUUUAGAGUUUUAUUUUUAGAGUGGUUACUAGGUUUAGUGUUCUUGGGGCCCAUGUAUGCACUCUGUUAGAAAUCGUGAGUUGAUCCAUUUAUAUCUUGAGGUUAAGGCUACUUGUAGGAGGACUAGAAGGAAAAAAUAAACCGAGCCUACUAUCACUAUGGCCGAGCAAGAUACUAAAGCCCUUAAGGAUUAUGCUGUGCUCGAUCUUCAUGGUUUUUAGCCUUGUAUUAGGAGGCCAAUCAUACAAACCAAUAAUUUUGAGAUUAAUCCUACAAUCAUCCAAAUGAUAUAACAGUAAGUGCAAUUUAGAAAUUAUUUGAGUGAGGAUCUAAAUGCUCAUCUUUGGGAUUUAUUAGAGAUAUGUGAUACAUUUAAACAUGAUAGUGUUACUGAGGAUGCCAUUAAGCUUAGGUUGUUUCCAUUCUCUCUUAUAAAUAGAGCUAAGAGUUGGUUACCUCGAUGCCACCAGAUUUAAUUACCACUUGGGAUGAUUUAGUGCAGAAGUUUAUGGCUAAAUUUUUUCCUCAGGUCAAGACGGCCAAGCUUUGGAAUGAAAUUACUACAUUUGUCUAACAUGACUUGAAAACCUUGUAUGAGCCAUGGAAGAGAUACAAGAAGUUCUUGAGGUGGUAUCCACAUCAUGUACUACCAAAAUGGCUAAAGAUUUAGAUCUUUUACAAUAGGUUAGUACCUAAUACUAGAACACUCUUAGAUGCUGCAUCAAGAGGUGCUUUAAUUUAUAAAACUUCUGACAUAGCUUAUGAUCUGAUUAAGGAUAUGGCAACUAAUAAUUGUCAGUGGUCCAAUGAAAAAUAGCAUCUUAAGAAAGCUUCAGGGGUGUACGAGCUUAAGAAGCUUAGAGCACUUAGUGCUAAGGUAGAUUCCUUAGCCAAAUUUGUUGAGUCUUUACAUUGUAAAGUUACAUCCUCAUAGCCUAGGCCUAGUCAUCUAAAGUUGACUCAUACCCAUAGUUCCAUAUCUAUGUGUGAGACAUACAAGGUAGGACACCUAGGAGAGUCAUGUCCAAAUACUCAUUCAGAGUCAGUUUCAUUUGCAAGACAGAACCCAAAGUAGUCCAACAACCCUUAUUCUUCCAUAUACAACCCAGGCUAGAGGAAUAAUCUUGUUUGCUCUUGGAAUCAACAACAAAAUCACCAUCCCACAUCUUUUUAGACUAGUUAGGCACCAUUACCACCAGCACCACCACCACCACAGCAUGCUUAAUUUCCUAGACCACUUCAUCCACCUGGCUUUCAGCAGCCACCAUAUCAGCAACAGUCUUCAUAGCAAUACUACAUACUUUCAUAUCUAUCUAUGUCACCCUCAAAUAAAAAGACUUCAGUCGAAGAUCUUUUAGAUUCUUUUAUGAGAACCCAAACUUCAAUUAUGCAUACUCAAAAUACAAUAUUUCAAAAUCAACUUCAAUAGAGAACUUAAAGACUCAGAUUGAUCAGCUAACUGUUUUUUAAGUAUCGGACUUCAAGGUAUCUUACCUAAUAAUACAGAAGUUAACCCUCGAAGGGAGGAAAAAGAGCAUUAUAAAUCAAUCAUCCUUAGGAGUGAAAUCCAUAAAAAACUUAAAAGACUCAUAUUGAUUAGCUAACUAAUCUUUUAAGUAUCGGACUUUAAGGUACCUUACCCAAUAAUACAUAAGUUAACCCUGUAAGGGAGGGAAAAGAGCAUUGUAAAUCAGUCAUCGAUAGGAGUGGAAAGGUUUUUACUGUGGCGACUGGCGACUGGCGACAGCUUUUAAGUCUCAACGACAAAGCCGCAUUUCUUCAUUUUAUAUAUAUAGCAUACAUAGUUGCACACUACUAAGAUACGAAGUAAUACUUAAAAUAAUAGAUUAAUUAUAGAUAUGUGUUCCUCCGUCUUUUUCCAAAUGUUGUGAAAGAAAUGUCAUAUGAAUGAUGGAUUUGGCUUCAUCAACCUUCUUCUUCCGUUAAUUUAACUUUCUGAUAUUAUUUAUAUGUUUUUUUCUACUAGUACUAGUAUAUAACAAAUUUCUUAAUUCAGAAAGAAACGGCUACAAUGGACUCCGAGCAGAACAGAUUCCAUCAGCAAGAACGGCGAAAGAGAUGGGGAGGAUGUUGGGGGCUAUUUUCCUGUUUUGGUAAACAAAAAGGCAGAAAGCGUAUUGUUCCUGCAUCUCGUAUUCCUGAGGGCAAUGCAUCAGCCACCCAGCCAAAUGGUUCUCAAGCUGUUGGGAUGACCAACCAAGCUACUACAUUAGCUCCAUCACUUCUAGCACCUCCUUCUUCUCCAGCGUCCUUUACAAAUUCUGCACUCCCUUCAACAGCUCAAUCACCAAUUUGCUUCUUGUCAUUAUCUGCUAACUCGCCUGGAGGGCCAUCAUCCACCAUGUUUGCCACUGGACCAUAUGCCCAUGAGACACAACUAGUUUCUCCCCCCAUUUUCUCAACCUUUACAACUGAGCCUUCUACUGCUCCACUCACUCCCCCUCCCGAGUUAGCCCACCUCACUACCCGCUCUUCACCCGAUGUCCCUUUUGCAAUGUUCUUGACAUCUUCUGCAGUUCUUAAAAGUGCUGAUAAGAAUACUUAUAUUACUGUACAUGAUCUUCAAUCCACAUAUCCGCUAUACCCCGGAAGUCCUGCCAGUAGCCUCAUAUCACCAAUCUCUAUAACCAUGGUUGAUUGUUUGUCAUCAUCCUUUCCUGAACAGGAAUUUCCUCCGCAGUGGGAUGCUUCAGUUUUUCCCCAGAAUGGCAAACAUUCAAGAAGUGGUUCUGGCAGGUUAUUUGGGCAUGAUGUUAAUGGUUCCUCCAUAGGGUCUCAAGAUACAAAUUUCUUCUGUCCUGCUACAUUUGCACAAUUCUAUCUGGAUCAUAAUCCACUUCCUCAUGCCGGUGGGAGAUUAAGUGUUUCCAAGGAUUCAGAUGUUUAUCCUACUAGUUGCAAUGGGCAUCAAAAUAGACAUAGUAAAAGUCCUAAGAAAGAUGUGGAAGAACUUGAAGCUUACAGAGCUUCCUUUGGAUUUAGUGCAGAUGAAAUAAUCACUACUACUCAAUAUAUGGAGAUUACUGAUGUUACAGAGGACUCGUUUACCAUGACACCUUUUCCUACAGAUAAACCUGCUUUUGAAGAAAGAAUGGAACUUGCAUCAAUCGGUGAAGGUCCAAAGACAGAUAGGAUACAGGAAAACUUGCUGGAUGAGAAGGAAUGUAAAUCAGAACCUGAUCUUGUCAAUUGGAUUGUACACCGUGAUCGGCAAGUGUCAUGCAAUGGAUACGAAGAUCAAAAAUCAAGGAGGCAGGUGACUAAUGUCUCUGGGUCAAUUACACCCAUCAACCAUACCCUGACUGAUGAAGAGGAUGUAUUUUUGAAGAAGGGUUCAUUAAGGAGAAGGAAAUAUCAUCUGGACUUGUCAAGCUCUAAUGCAGAGAUUGACUAUAGGAGAGGAAGAAGCUUAAGAGAAGGCAAAGGAGAUCUCGCAUGCCUCGACUAAGAACCAAAGCAGAAACAAGUUAUCAGCCGCUUCCCUAUGUAGUAAACUGCAGUUUUCUUCUGUUAUAACUUCUGUUAAUGGUUCAUUAUGAUAGGUGGAAUGAUCUUAACUUGUGAUCUAACCAGAUAUUCCCUUUCUUUGUUGUCCAUCUCAGUCAGGUGUAUGACCUGAUCUCUCUGAUUAUGAGCGUGACCCUAGCUUCCUGCUUCAUUAUAACGUACAUGCGUGAUGCAUGUAAUUAUAUAUAUAUAUAUAUAUAUAUAUAUAUAUAUACUUUUGUAAAAUGCAAUUUUACUCGAGUGUAUUCUACUUUAGAACACAUCAUUGUGACUGUUGAAUGCUGCUUCUAGGAACUGCUUUUUGGGGUUCAAGGGGGGUGGAAUCAUGGGGAUGAAUUUAAAUCCUUAUGCAACCUCUAGUGGUACAAAUUUAAGAAAGAAACCUACAAUGGUAUUAUUUGAGAAAA